AUGUUUAAAGCCAGCGAGUUGAGUAGAGUCGCGAACGAAGACACGGGAGGCGAGAAGAAGACGAAUUUAUUAAGAAUGUAUGCAGAUCAUUGGCAGACUUUAACUGGGAAACGAACGAUUCGUAAUCAGAGACGAAAUUUUGAGGAGAUGCUUAUGGCUGAAAUACCCGGCGCGGCUGAGAAGACGAACCUUGCAAUGCAUGCCGUACUCGAGUCGGAGUUAGAUUCAGAUUCUGAAUGUGAGACUGCGUUCAAUACUCGUGGAGCGACGCCAGGGACACCACUCACCGUACGUAACCAUGCAUUGCUUCACUACUUCGCCAACCUUGCGCGCUCGAAUAAUUUCAAUGAUAAGAUGGACUUCGCGUUCGUGCAGUCCCUGGUGAAGAAUGGUGCGUCAAUAAACACGGCCGAUAAACAUGGUCAGACCGUGUUCCAUGAAGUAGCAAGAUCUUGGCAUACAGAUGUCGCCAAGUUUCUGCUAAAUAACG